AGUCGCUGCAAAUAACGUUAACAAAAUCCCCCGAAACACUACACAGAUUCAAACACAACCACAACCGGAGGAGUAAAAAGGGACAUCCGUCAUGGCCAAGAAGGAGGAGCUCCUCAUGGAGGGGCCCAAGCGGCUCAACCGCGAGCUGGCCGUUAUGCUGGAGGACAAGGCGAAUCUGCAGUUCCGGAACCUGGAGGUGGAGCCAGACAACAUCUUCAAGUGGUACGGCCUGCUGAUGCCCAACACCCCGCCCUACGACAAGGGGGCCUACAAGAUCCAAAUAGACUUUCCCCAGGACUAUCCCUUCAAACCGCCCCGAAUCCAUGUCGAUACGCGCAUCUAUCACCUCAACGUGAACGAACGUGGCCAGCUGUGUGUGCCCAUCCUGGAGGUCGAGCACUGGCUGCCCACCACUCGCAUAGAUCAGGUCUUGCAGGUCCUGCUGGCCACCAUCAACGAUCCCCAGCCGGAGAACGCCUGGCACAUGGAAAUGGCCGGAGAGUACCGGAAUGAUCCGAAGAAGUUCAACAAGAUGGCGGAAGCCUGGGUGGCGAAGUACAGUGAACGACGGCCCACGGAGGAGGAGUUGGCCAAGUUUAUCAAGAGACGGAAGAAGAAGAUGGCCAAGAACUAGAAUCCUAUUGAGACCUGGCUGUUCAAGAUCUUAAAAUUAAAGGCACAAAUGUCUAGAAAGCAGGGCUCGUCUAUUUAAUUCCCUGCCAUUUAAUAGUCUCCUUUAAAAGACCAAAGUAAACCAAUCCCAGCCAGUAAAUACUCGAAGCGUAUUUGAUUCUAUUGCUUCAAUGAACACCCAUUUAUUUUGGCCAACACCAAUUGCUUGAAAGUAACUUCGAGGGGAGAUCUGCGAUUGAGUUUCCCGCAGAGCGCUUUCGUCUUAAAUUGCUCGAGGUGGCCUGGUUUCUGCCUAGCACCCGGACCCAUUUGGCCUGGCCCGGUCGCAGCAUAUGACCAUCUAAUUGGAAGCGUACAGUGAGCCUCGAGCCAAUGGCAGGACACUCCUGUCCCAGCCAGCUGCGAGAUAAAUCAUCCGCCUCGGCUGCAAACAAGGAUGCCCCACGCGGCGUCGCUCAGCGAGCGGGCGGUAUUAGCUGCCAGUGUCGUUGCCAUUGUCAGCGGCAUAUCAUCAUCAUCCACAUCCACAUCCGCAUCCGCAUCCUCAUCCGAGUCUCCAUCCGUAUUCGCAUUCACAUCCUUAUUCGUAUUUGGAUCCGCAUCAGCAUCAAAGUUCUGCUGCUGAACCGCUGAAAAU